AUGACCGACGAAACAACUCCGCUUACCACCGCCGCUGCCGGUGGCUCCGGAUAUGUCGUCCUGCCGCCGUAUCAAGGACCCGACCGCGUUUUUCCCGGUGGUGUUUCUCCGCGUUCGCGCCGCAACAAGAUGCGGCAGUUUCAGUGCUGCAUGGGUAUUACUUUUAUAGCGAUUGUACUCACCGCCCUUUGCCUGGCCCUCGUGUUCAGCGAUUCCCUUAGCGGUCGCGAUGGGGGUCCCAGUUUCUUCUUCGUGGUAAAUGGAUCGGAAGGAGAGCUGCCGCCAAACAGACCGCUUCCAGACGAGCCGGCAGCCAGUUGGGCCUUGGAGCAGGCGGCACUGGGUCACCAUGAUGGCGCCCAGGCGGUAAGCGCUGGGAUCAAGGCUUUGGGGGAUCGAGAAAUACUGGAGGAGGGUCUGCUGCCCAACGAGGUGAACACGCCGGCCUUUCGACACUACAGAUCGCUGAGCACAAAUCCAGAGGCGAGGAAGCUGGCACGACGUGGCUAUGUGGAAAACCAGGCAACCUUGGAUAUAGCCAAGCGUUUCAACUAUACCAAGCAGCCUGGACGCAGCAAUAUCGGCUGGGGACCAAAGAUAGUCCUUCCUGAUCCAACGGUGCUCCGCUUGGAUUGCGAUUUCAAUGCUCGCUUUAGGAGAUCCACUGGGGUUUGCAACAACAAGAAGCAUCCGCGGACUUAUGGAGCUUCGAUGGUUCCUUAUCGCCGGAUGGUCUCUCCGGAUUAUGCAGAUGGUAUUGCUGCUCCGCGGAUUAGUCAUCAUGGUCGCCUGCCGCCGGCUCGUCAGGUGUCCUUGAAGAUUCAUCGCUCCAGUUACGAAACAGAUUCGAAUUUUACCGUGAUGCUGGCGGUUUUUGGCCAAUUCAUGGACCACGACAUUACGGCCACCUCGUUGACAACUUCGCAAGAGGGAGAAUCCAUCGAUUGCUGUGUGGCUGCCACUCGUGAACAGCAUCCGGAGUGCUUUCCCGUGGCUAUCCUGCCCGAUGAUCCUUACUACAAACAGUACAACAUCAGUUGCAUGAAUUUCGUGAGAUCUGCUCCUGCUCCCACGGGAAGAUUUGGUCCAAGGAUGCAGCUUAAUCAGGCGACGGCUUUUAUCGAUGCCUCCGUGGUCUACGGAAAUCUGGAGCAGCGGCAAAAUCAAUUACGCAGCUUCAUCAAUGGAUCACUUCGGAUGUACAUCAUGGAGGAUGGUCGGCCACUCCUCCCCAUCUCUUCAAAUCCUUCGGAUGGCUGCAAUCGAGUACAGAUGACCCGCCAGGGGAAAUACUGCUUUGAAUCUGGAGACGAUCGGGCCAAUGAGAACCUGCUGCUCACCUCAAUGCAUCUCCUUUGGGCUAGACACCACAAUUAUUUGGCUAAACAGCUGCAGGAGCAUAAUCCUCACUGGGAGGAUGAGCGUUUGUACCAGGAGGCCAGAAAGAUUCUGGGUGCCCAGAUGGCACACAUCACCUACAAUGAAUUUCUGCCAGUGUUGCUUGGAAGGAAUCUCAGUGAGGUGAAGGGUUUGCUGCCCUCCAAGGAUAAUCUAAAUGCCCCGGAUACUUAUGACCCAGAAGUGGAUCCCAGCAUUGCCAAUUGCUUUGCAGCGGCUGCUUUUCGAUUUGCACACACCCUUCUGCCAGGAUUGUUCAAUGUCUCCAAGGAUAAUAGUAGUGCUGAGUCCAUCGAACUGCACAAGAUGCUCUUUAAUCCUUUUUCCCUCUGGGCGGAACAUGGAAUUGAUCACGCUUUAAUGACGGCGGCCAAUACUCCCGUAAUGCAAGUGGAUCGUUUCUUUUCGCUAGAAGUUACCCAAAAACUUUUUGAGGGAACCGCCGAGGAUAGGGUGCCUCUUUGCGGUUUGGAUUUGGUAUCCUUAAACAUUCAGAGGGGUCGGGAUCAUGGAAUACCUUCGUAUCCGGUCUUCAGACGGCAUUGUCGUUUGCCUCCAGUGGACACGUGGGAGCAAAUGGCCCAGGCUGUGGAUAACGCCACAUUGGAUUCUAUAAGGCAGAUAUAUGAAUCCCCACAGGAUGUGGAUGUGUACACAGGUGCACUAAGUGAACCACCUUUGGGAGGAGCUAUCUUUGGUCCUCUCCUAAGUUGUAUGGUAUCUGAUCAAUUCAUACGCUUAAAAAUGGGAGACUCCCACUGGUAUGAAAGGAAAAUGGGUCCGCAAAAAUUUACCAAAGCUCAACUUAGAGAGAUUUACAAAACCAGUCUGGCAGCCAUCAUAUGUCGAAAUUCAGAUGGUAUUACCCAAAUUCGGGAGCAUGUAAUGCAGAGACUUCGGGAUAAAGGUAAUCCUCAGGUGAACUGCCAGGAUUUGGAGGGAUAUAACUUUAACUUUAAACCCUGGUCCGAAUCGGAGCAACCAAAUGAGCUGCACAGAACAGGAAUAAAUAGAGGAGCUACUUCAGUGCGAGUGAUGUCUAAUAACUCAACCCAGGGAAAUCAUCGAACAGCCAAUGUAACUCUUAAUAUUGAUAAAGGUAUCUAACAUAGGUAAAGGAAUAAAAUAUUAUUAAGUACAGACGGUUAC